UUCAACCCUCACCCCCCAAUUUUUUUGGAUAUUUUUUAAAUACAAAAUUAACCUUUAUGUAGUUUUACUCCUAUUUACUAAAGUUAAUCUACCCUACUUCUUUUACACUAUGUCUCAAUCAAAACACACAGAGAUUCCUCUCCUUCGUAUUCCCACCCCUACUCUCACCAAAGCUUUCAUUUUUGAAAUGUUCUCUGCAACUCUCACUCUCCCAGUCCUCCUCCGAACGAAUUCUGUUGAUUUGUGCGAUCUGGUGGUUUUGGUAUGCAGCGGGUGCGGUGCCGUGAGUGUGUGGCGGUGCGGCACGGUGCGGAGAGGUGGUAGACGUUGGUUUCGUUUGCGGGUUGUUGGGCGGUGCGAUUGUGUUUGCUGCUUUGGAGCCGGUGUGUGCGGCCGCGCGGAGGGUGCUGGUGCGGCGGAUGUUGCGGCGGUGCGGGGCAGUGGUUCUUGCUUCAACAGUGCCUUAUGCAGAUACACUUUAAGAAGAUCAAGAAUUGAGAGGAAUGAACAAAACCUAGAGAAUCAAGAAGAACCAAUGAGUAUACGGGAAUCCCUGACUUUGCAGGAACAAUUUCAUUCUAGCACUAAUGCAAAAAUUAAAUUUUAUGAUGACUUAUUAUGGCAUUUAUAAUCCAUUCAUCAUAAUAAGUGAAACGAUGACACGAUUAUGAAUAUGAUGAGACUUUUUAUACCAAUUAUAACUUGAACCACCAUAUGAAGUGAGUGUAGUGACAAUUUUGUAAUAAAAUACAACACUUUCUAUUCGAUAAUAACUCGAACCACCAUAGUAAGUGGGAAUGAUGACGACUUGUUAAUAAAAUACCAGACUUUAUAUAUCAGUUAUCAAAAAAAUCACUCUAAUAUCUUUAAUUUCCUAUUUCCCUCUAAAUUUUUCUCAUGCUACACUUCACACUCCCAACUUUCAUUCUCUUUAAGCCUUCACCUCCUUGCUGCAUUACACUACACCUUCAUCUCCUCUUCAUUUUGGUGGUUGUUGGUCUUGCACUCGCUAUCGCUCUCGCAACUCUCUCCUCUUUCGUUUGAUAAUUGAGUGUUUUUCUUU